CUACCACCACCACCAACAACAACUCCGGCACCACGCGAGCUGCGGCCAUCCGCGUUCACCGCCACGGUGAAGAUGGCAGCUGUCGUCCCGUGAUGUCGGAGCGACACUGAAGAAGGGGGGGCCGAGCGUGGGAGCCAUGCACCGGGACAGCCCCCCAGCGCGCUGCAUCAAGCCACCGAGCACCAUGGACAAGUACGAGAAGCUGGCGAAGAUCGGCGAGGGCUCCUACGGGGUCGUGUUCAAGUGCCGCGCGCGCGACACGGGCCACGUCGUCGCCAUCAAGAAGUUCGUCGAGUCCGAGGAGGACCCGCUCAUCAAGAAGAUCGCACUGCGCGAGAUUCGCAUGCUCAAGCAACUCAAGCAUCCAAACCUGGUGAAUCUCCUUGAGGUCUUCCGCAAGAAGAGAAGGCUCCACCUCGUGUUCGAGUACUGCGACCACACGGUCCUCAACGAGCUGGACAAACACCCCCACGGGGUCCCCGAGCCCCAAGUGAAGAACAUCUUGUUCCAGACUCUGCAGGCGGUCGGCUUCUGUCACCAGCACAACUGCAUCCACCGUGACGUGAAGCCAGAGAACAUCCUGGUGACCAAGCAAGGAAUCAUCAAACUCUGUGACUUUGGCUUUGCCCGCAUGCUAACGAGACCGGGUGACGAGUACACGGACUACGUGGCGACGCGCUGGUACCGUGCCCCCGAGCUGCUGGUGGGCGACACGCAGUACGGACCGGCGGUCGACGUGUGGGCGCUGGGCUGCGUCUUCGCCGAGCUCCUGGCCGGGGAGCCUCUGUGGCCGGGCCGAUCGGACGUCGAUCAGCUGCACCUCAUCCGCACGACGCAGGGAGACCUCAUUCCACGACACCAGCAGAUCUUCAGCUCGAACCAGUUCUUCAGCGGGCUGAGCAUCCCUGAGCCUGAGACACGGGAGCCGCUGGAUUCGCGCUUUCCUUGCGCGUCGCCCGCGGCGCUCUCCUUCAUGCGCGGCUGCCUGGAGAUGGACCCGGCCGACCGUGCGGCCUGCGACGGCCUCCUGGGCCACCCCUACCUGGCGGAGCGGGACGGCGAGCGGCGGCGCUCCGAGCGGCACGGCCGCCUGCCGCUGGUCGCGCACGGCGGCAAGAAGACGCAUGGCGGCGGCGGCGGGGCCGCACGUCACAACGGCAACAACGCCGGCGGCAACGGCAACAAGUACGACAACCACCGGCUGCCGGACAUCAACGCGCCGAACGCGGCGCACGCGGCCCACGCGGCGUCCUCGUCACCGCAGCCGCCCGCGCCGCCCACGCCGCCCACACCGCCGCUCUGCCUCACCCCGUUCAUGCGGGCGCCCAAGUCGUAGAGGAAGUGGCCCACCGUCAUCACCACCGUC